AUGCUGACCACGCUGUUUUCCUUGCAGUGGUCGGCCGCUGAGGGCGCCCCCGGGCCGCCGCUGCUGGUCGGCGUUGGUCUCAGCACCGUGUUCGAGCUGGUGCGCAGCAGCGCCGACUCGCACCCAGACGUGUGUCUGCGCGCGCUGCGGGCGCUCCUAGCCGUCCUCGAGGGACUGCCGCCCGAGGCGCUCGGCGCUGACGACUCUCAGCUGCUCGACGAGCUGCACGAGUCGCUGCAGUCGCUGAGCGGGCGGCGCCAGCAGUCGGCGCUGUCGGCGGCGGCCUGCAGCUGCCUGCUCAGUCUGGUGGUGGUCCGCGGGGAGACGAGCGGCCUGCUGCGCGCCGCCGCCGCCCUGCUGCUGGCCGGGCAGGGCCGGCCGCGCACCGUGCAGUUGCCGGUGCCGCUGUGCGCCCUGCAGCGCUCCGUGCUGGCCGCGCUGCUCGGCGCCGAGCGGCGGCCGCACUGGCUGACGGAGGGCGUGCCGCGCGCCGCCGCCGCCGGCCCGGCCGUGACGCUGCGCCUGCCCGGCAGCGGCGCGUCCCCGGCCGCCGGGGCCGCCGCCGGCGCCGUCAGUCUGGCCUGUGACGGGUCGCGGCUGUACCUCCGCUGCCCGUCCGGGCUAUACAGCGUCGGUACGGGGUUCGGCGGCACCAGUCGGGGUCAGGUGUACGGCCGGUCGACGGACAUCACCAGCGGGCAGCUCAUCAGUGUCCAGCGGAGUCUGUACCUGGCGGACGGCGGCCGUCUGACCCGACUGGACCCGGUCGAGCUGCGCCGCCGCGAGUCGCUCUCGCUGCCGGCCGUCCAGUCGGGCUCCCGCUGGUUCUCGGACGGCUCCCGGCUCUGCGCGCUGACGCCGCAGCAGGACGACACGUUCGCCGUACACAGUUACCAGGUGACGUCGUCGGCGGUUACCCACCGGGAGAGUCACAGUCUGCAGCUCGUCAGAAAACGAACUCAGGUAUUCGGUGUGUCACCCCUCUCGCGCGACUGGCUGGAGACGUACGACCUCGACUCGGGCUGGGAGGACGAGAUGGUCUCCAUUGCCGCCGGGAAGGACUUCGCGCUGCUGCGCACCGCUCAGGGAAAGGUGCUGUACUCGGGCCGAGCCUCCAGUCUGGGCGUGAAGCAGGCGGCUGCAGACGGGGACGGCGCUGCGCCGGCCGCCGCCCGGUGGCUGGAGCUGCCGCUGCUGCGCGCGCCCACCGUCUGCCACGUCAGUGUCGGACACGACGGACAGCACGCCGUGCUGCUCACAGACGACGGCGCCGCCUUCUUCGUGGGCACGGCGCGCCGCGGAGAGGACGGCGACGUGGCCAAGGCGCGCCGUCAGCCCAAGCCGCAGCGGCCCAAACGCAUGGCCAAGAUGGACGGCAAGGUGGUGACCGAGGCGGCGUGCAACAACGGCUCCUCGGCGCUGGUCACCUCCGCCGGCCACCUGUACAUCUUCGGCAAGGACAGCAUCCACAGCGAGGGCACCUCGGGCCUGGUCGGCGAGCUGCGCGACGUGCGCGUCACUCACGUGGCGCUCGGCAAAGCGCACGUGGUGGCGCUCUCUAGCCGCGGACACGUGUACACGUUCGGCAUGAACAACAAGGGCCAGUGCGGCCGGGACGUGGCGGCGGCGGCGGCGGCGGCGGCGGUCCCGGCGCCGGCGGCCGGCGCGCCGCUGCUCUGCCCGCCCGGCCGACACGCCUUCCUGCGGGAGAGCUGCAUGGUGUGCACGGUUUGUCUGCGCUGCACGGAGUUUGGAGCGCAGUGCGUCAGCUCCGACAGGGCAGACCGCGUGCCCGGCACUGUGUGCGGUUGCGGACCGGGCCAGGCGGGCUGCGCCAAGUGCGGCGCCUGUCGGCUCUGCGCCGAGCCGGACACCGCCGGCGCCGACGGCUUCCAGGCGGCCGCCGACGCCGCCGCCCGCCGACUGGCCAGCGCCGGGCUCGACGACGUGGUCAACGUUCUCCGAAACAACCAGGGCCGGACCCAGCCGCCCGCCCGAGAGGACAACGCCAGGAAGCGGCGGGACCCGUCCAAGGUCCAGUUUACCGUCGGCUCUGCUGAGGCGGCGGGUGGUGCCGCCGGGCCCGCCGCCGCCGACGAGGUCAUGAGCAGCGACCACGAGCGGGAUGCGGCCAAGAUGACGCUGCUGCCGCCGGCGCGGCUGCAGCUGGGAACGGACAGCGCCGCCGUCCAGCUGGCCUGCGGCCUCCACCACACCGUGGUGGUUCACGCGGACGGCACGGCGCACGUGUUUGGCAGUAACGCCUGUGGCCAGCUGGGCUGUGUGCCGCUGGCAGCCCGCUGCGCGCCGCGCCGACUGCGCUGUCCCCACGGCGGCCGGUUCGUGCAGGCGGCCGCCGGCAGUCGGCACACGGUGCUUCUCACCGACGACGGACAGGUGCUCACCUGCGGCUCUCACCAGCGUGGCCAGCUGGGCCGCCCGCCGCCGGCCGCCAGUGACUCGUCGGACGCGCCACCCGACUCGGACAGCCUCUGGUUCGCCUCGCUGGAGCCGGUGCCCGGGGUCGGAGCGCGAUACGGACGGAAGGCCACGUGGGUGGGCGCCUCGGGUGACCAGACCUUCAUCCGGAUCAACGAGAGCCUGGUGAACGCCGAGACGCUCUCUGCCGCCACCGUGGUGGCAGACGCCGGAUUCCUCGGCAUCCUCCCGACGGGCUGCUCGGCCGACCGUCAGCCGUUCGGGUCGCUGAUGAUCAGCCGCCGGCAGCGGUUCUGUCGCGGGUACGGCGGCGAGGAGCACGCGCCGCUGGCCGGCGGACGGGUGGCAGCGCUCGACCACGCCUACGACAACCUGUGGACGUUCGAGCCGGACACGCAGCGCCUGCGGUGUUACAACGUGCUGCGGGCGGCGAUACCGGAGCGGCCGGCCCACGAGCUGGACCUGCUGUCGGCAGAGCUGGCACUGCCGGUCACACCCGGCGGACAGGUGCCCGAGACGCAGGUGGCGCUGAACCUGCUCAGCUGUCUGACGGUGCUCGCCGAGCGGCAGGCCGCCGACGCUGACGGCGAGCAGGCGUCUCUGGCCGAUGCCACGGCCGGCUGCGGCCCGCCGCCCGCGCCCCGGGACGACGCUCAGAUGGUGCACCGCUUCGACAACUACGGCGGCGGAUGGGGCUACUCGCCGCACUCGGAGGAGGCCAUCCGGUUCAUGUGUGACGCCGACAUCCAGCUGCUGGGCUACGGCCUCUACGGCGGCCGCGGGCAGUACCAGGCCAGGGUCAAGCUGUAUGACCUGGGCGUGGAGGGCGGUGACCAUGAGCCGGAUGGGGAGCUGCUGGCACAGUCGGCCGACGUCGUGUACGAGUGUAACGCCCGACAAACGCACCAGGUGUUGUUCCCGGAGCCGGCCUCGCUGCAGGCGGGCCGCUGGUACCUGGCCUGGGCGCGCGUCGAGGGGCCCUCCAGUGACUGCGGGUCGGACGGACAGACCAUGGUCGUCGGAGAGGACCAGGUGGUGUUCUACUUCAAAUCCUCGAAGCGCUCCAAUAACGGCACGGACGUGAACGCUGGCCAGCUGCCGCAGCUGCUGUACCGUCUGGUGACUCCCGAGACGGCAGUGUCAGCGGCGGCGCCGGCCCUGGAUGACACGGUGCACACGCUGUCGGCGCGCGUGGCGCUCACCGUCACACCGGCGUGUUUCGAGGCGCUGCUCUCUCUGACGGACUGGUCGUGGCGACUGGUGGUGGCCUCCUGCCGCUCCCGGCCCGACGCCGGCACCUCCCGGGACCGGUCAGACUCCGGCGGCAGUCGGGACCGGCCGGACGCCGCCAGUCUGGACGACCUCCAGAGACUGGCGUUUGUGCUGAGCAGCUGCGGCCGACUCCUGACCACCUACACCGAUCAGGUGUACCCGCCUGAAGGUCAGCUGUCGGUACCGGAGACCCGUCCUCUGGCUCAGUGUAUGGUGGACGUCCGGAAACUGGUGCGGCUCAUACUGGCAGAGGGCGGGGAGCUGCUCAACACACUGGCAGAGCGGACUGACUCCGCGGAGCUGGCCGCCCGCCUGCAGCCGGUGCUCGACACUUUCCACCAGUGCUUCGUCGGCUGCUUCCACGCCUUCUAUCCCACCGCCCGGCUCAAGUGGCUCUGCCUCUGUGAGCUGCUCACUCUGAGAGAAACGAGCGGCGGCUCUCAGCACGAGCUGGUGUUCUCGGCGGCGCUGGAGGCCCUCUGCAGCCCUCUGGUGCGGCUGCCGCAGCUGCUGCCUGUACACGGAGAGGAUGAGCCACAGCCGUCACCCUCGGCAGAGGUGGCGCUCAGCCCGCACCCGACACUCAGUGACAUCACCCGGCACCCGCUACUCGUGGAGACGGUCACACGGGCCAGUCAGCUGGAGAAGUCUCCGUCGGCGCUGUGGACGUUCUCGGAGCUGCUGGAGCAGCUGCUGUCUGUGCUCACCCAGCCGCUGCGCGUGUGGCUGGGCUGCGAGCCGGCGCCGCUGGGCAGCGCGGCCGCGGCUCGCCGCCUCCAGCAGAACGCCUGCCGGCUACUGGCGCGCCUCCAGACGGACCUAGUGGCGCAGUGUGUCACCGCCGAGAGUGAGCUGGUCGGUCCGGACUCGCACCCGCUGCACUGGACGCCGUCCCGCUUCACGCGCGUCUCGCCGGCCCGCUCCUGGAACACGGGUAGCGGCUCGCCAGACGCCAUAGCGUUCACGGUGGACCGGCCGGGCGUGCUGCUGGCCGGAGCGGUCCUCUACGGCGGCGCCGGCCGGUUCAACUACGAGCUGGAGCUGCUGGAGGAGGUGGCGCCUGAGCGGCCGGCCGAGCUGGAGGCGCCGCUCCACCAGCGCUGGCCCGUGCUGACGGCCGCCAGCGGCCAGUUCGGCACCCCAGAGCCCGCCGAACUGGUGGAGGUGCGCUUCAACAAACCCGUCUCCAUCAAGGAGAACACCAAGUACGCGCUGCGUCUGCGGAAUUUCGGCGGCCGCACCAGUAACGGUGACGGCGGCCAGAGCCGGGUGCGCGGUCCGGACGGCACCGUGUUCGCCUUCAGCACGUGUCCGCUGAGUCUGAACGGCACCAAUCAGACGCGCGGCCAGCUGCCGCAGCUACUCUACUACAGCCUGGUGGCCGCCAUGGUGCCGUCCGACCCCCGGGCUGCCGUGGAGGUGAUGUCGCUGAUCCAGGAGCUCCUGCCGCACGUAGCGGCGCUCAACAACCUGUGGCUGGCGCUGCAGCAGCCGGCGCCGGACCCGGCCGACGCGCCGCCCACCGUGUCGCCGCACUGCUGCUGGGUCGAGAGCGACCACCCGUACCCCCCGGCCGCCGUAAGGCAGCAGAGGAUACAGUUUCCGGUCUCGGUGCUGUGGAUGGGGCUCGAGUUUGACGCGCGCUGCUGCACCGCCCAGCCCGAGGACCGUCUGGUGGUACAGGUACCGGUCGGCGGGCCGGCCGCUGACGGCGACUCGGAGCGGCUGGUGACGCUGCUCACUCUGUCCGGCUGCGAGGGAUGGCCGCGCUCCGCCGUACUGCUGCCAGGCUGUGAGGUGGUGUUCACCCUGGAGACGGCCUCUGACUACGUACGUGACGAGCGUUCCACCCAGUUCGGGUUCCGCUGUCUGGUGACCGGCUACGAGCCGACCGCCGCCGACGGCGUCCACCUGCUGGAGCACGAGCUGGCCUUCCUCGGCGGACUGUGCGCUGCGGCGCUCAUCAGGCGCAACAUGCCGCUGCCGGCACUCUCAGACGACGAGCCGCGGCUGGAGUCGGAGCUGGCGGACGAGGUGACGGGUGAGACGGUGACGGCGCACGCGGCGCUGCUGCGCGGCGGACUGGCGCUCAGUCAGCAGCCGACUGUGAGCCAGGCGCUGGACGGAGUCAUACCCUUCAGCUGUCACAGUAACGAGCGCGAGUUCCUACGGGACCUGGUGACGGCCCGGCCGGGCACCAGCGGAGCGCGACUGGCCGGCUGGCUGCAGCCGGAGCCGCGCCUCGAGCCGGAGCUCACGGAGACAGAGUGUGCCGGGGAGCCGCUGCGCCGCGGCUGGCCGGCCACCGUGACGGUGACCACGCGCGACCAGCACGGCGUGACAGCCUACACAGCCGGACUGCAGGUGGAGGUGCGUGCUGAGCCCAUCUCGCCAGCCGAGGACAGCUGCAAGAUGCGCCGUAUCAGCCAGGUGGACAACCGGUCGUUUGGCGGCCACCCGGUCCCCUCUCUGGACACGCCCUACCAGGCCACCGUCAAAGACAAGAUGUGCUACCAGGCCAUCAGCCUGAUGCCCGCCUACAGCGCCUACUCGUUCGAGGAGUUGCGGUUCGUGGCGCCUGCCGUGCGCCGGCCCACCGAGAGUAUGCUGGUCCGGUCCAACGGAGACGGCACCUACUCGGCCAGCUGGACGCCGGCCGCCAGCGGCUGGUACGGCAUCCACGUCUGUGUGGACGGCGCGCAGCUGGAGCACGUGCAGCGCGUCCAGGUGCGCGAGCCGCCGCACGGCUUCCCGCCGCCGGCCGCCAGCGCUCCGGCGCGGCCCGCUGCGCCGGCGCGCCGAGAGCGCCGCUUCUGCGUGCAGAACUCUGCCGGCCUACGGGUGCGCUCCCACCCGAGCCUGCAGUCGGAACAGGCCGGCCUGGUGCCCGUCGGGGGACACCUCACCUUCGUCGACGAGGUGCACAACGACGACGGCGUGUGGGUGCGGCUGUCGGCCGAGUCGCUGCGGGAGCUGUGCGGCCGCCACCCGCCCGCCGAGGGCUGGUGCCUCCAGUACAACCAGCACCUGGGCAAGACGCUGCUGGUGCCGCCGGACGAGCCGGCGGCCGCCGCGGACGGCGCGCUCAGCCGCUCAGCGCCCACCCGCCGGCCGUCCGGCCCGUUCCCGGUCGGACCCGGACAGUACGAGGUGGUGCGCUGCGGCCCGGACGGACACAACCUGCGCGAGCUGCCGGUCCGCAGCAGCCGCAGCCUGGCCACCGUGCAGCGCGGCAGCCGGCUCUCCGGCGUCGGCGAGGUGGUGGACGGCACCGAGCGCUGGCUCAAACUCUCCAACGAGUCUGUUUCGCGCUACUGCGCCGACGCGCCGGACGCCUGGGCGAUGGUGUCCGACUCUGCGCUGGUGUACCUGCGCCGCCUGCCGCAGCCGCUGGCCAACGGACACUGCAACAUGUCCUCUUCCCUGCCCACCGCCUCCUCAUUCAACUUCUCCACCAACCUCAGCAAGAGCUUCAGCUUCGGGGCGCGCGCGGCCGGCGGCGGCGACUCAGGCGGCAGCGGCGGCGGCAGUCUCUCGGGGUCGGCCUCCUCGGCGGACGCCGGGCGGCCGUUCGUGUUCGGCGCCGUCCGUCAGCCGCCGCCCGUACCGCCGCGCACGGACCUCAUCAGACAGGCGGCCGGAGGGGCUGCCACGGGCACCGGGCGGUCCACGCCGCCGGCGGAGGCCGCCGCUGGCCCGGCCCCGGCGGCCCGCGGCGCGUCCCCGGUCCCCGCGGGACACCACAAGCCGUCCGUGCUGGACAGGUGGCUGAGCCAGGGCCGCGCGCGGGACUCCUCUCCGGCCCGAGACAGCCCGCCGCGGGGUGCUGCCGGCGGCGUCUCCGUACGAGAGGUGGUCAAGGCGCUGAGCGAGUCGCGAUAUAACGGUAACGGCGACACCCCGCCGCGCACGCCGCCCGGCACGCCCAAACGCGGCCGGCCGGCGGCGGCGCGGGGCCUCAGCCCCAAGCCGCCGCUCAGCCCGCGGCCGUCCGGGAUCAGUCACAGCCCGAUCGCCAUCCCGGGCGCCGGCGGAGACAGCGGCGGUGACAGCCCGCUGAGCGGCUCAGUACCGGCGGCGGCCGCCUCGGGCCUGCACAGUCCCAGCCGGAGCCGCAGCUCCAGCCCGCUGGCCGCCGUCCGGCCGCGCUACAUGUCUGCCCAGCUAAGCUCUGGCGGCCGCGCCGAGUCGGCGCCCAGCGACACCAGCGCACUGGUCAGCUCGCUGGCGCGCGACACGAGCGGCUCGCCGUCCGGCUCCUCACUGCAGAGCUGCGGCUCUGCCCCCAGUGUCCGGGAGCCGGAGCGGCGGCUGGCGCAGACGGGCACGCAGACCUCGCCGGAGGGCUCUCCGCGCGCCGACCGGUCGUCGUUCAGUAUCGGCGGCGGCCACCCGCCGGCGGCGCGGCUCUCGCCGCGGCCGGCGGUACGCGCCAAACGCGAGCGGACCGGCAGCCCGACGGCGGCGCGCCGGCGGGAGCGGCCCGCGCCGCCGGCCGCCGCCGCCGGGGAGUCUCCGACCCGGCCGCCGCGCACGGCGCUCAGUCCCUCGGUGGCCGAGUGUCAGCGUGCCGUGUUCGCCGCCUUCCUCUGGCACGAGGGGCUGGUGCACGACGCCAUGGCCUGCGCCACCUACCUCAAGUUCCACCCGCGCGCCGGCCGCCGCGGCUCGGCGGGGGCCGGGGACGGGGUGGACGGCGCGGCCGGCGCGGCGGAGCGGCGACAGCAGCGGCACUCACUGGAGGUGUCCGGCGGCAGCCACCUGCACAGGACGCCGCCGGCCGACUCGGCACACACGCACGGCGCUGACCGGGAGUGCGGCGACUCGUCGGACCUGGACACGGUGCCGGAGAUCGAGUGCGGCGGUCAGAUGCCCUCGCUGCUGCACCUGGUGGCCAUCUGGGACGGUCUGGUGUCUGUCCUGACCGGACUGAUCGCUCAGCAGGUGGCGCUGCCGAGUCCUAGCACCACCCGGCCCCGGCGGCCGGACCGCUCCAGCCGCGAGUCGCGCGACAAACGCGCCAAAAAGGCGCGCGCCGACCUAGAGCCCGUCUGCGAGUCGGAGCAGCGCUGUGAGCUGUGUCUGGGACUGUUCACCGAUCUGGCGCGGCACGUCAAACAGAUGCACGGCAGCGCGCUGCUGUGUGAGCUCUGCUGCACGCCGCUGCCGCCGGCCGGCCUGGUGGCGCACAUGCAGCGGCACCACGCCGGCUGCGGCGGCGCCAGCGGCGGCCGCGGCUACCUGUCCUCGGGCCGGUACGGCGAGCCGGCCGGCGCGGCAGCCGAGCCGUGCGGGGCUGCGGGAGGCGGCGGGCUGUACUACCUGCUCUGCGCCGACUGCCGGCAGCGCUACAUCGCCGCAGCCGCCGCCACCAGACCGGAGGUGUUCCGCCGGAAGAAGUCGCGGCGGCGUCCGGCGGCCGGCGGCGCGCUGAGCUCCUCGGCCACUCUCCGCUCCCCGACUGAGUGGGAAACUCACCGGGUGAUGCGGCAGAACGCGCUCUUCCUGCUGGAGCUGGCGGCCGAGGAGCCGGCGCCGGCGGGCGCGGCGGCCGCCUCCGCCUGCACGGGUCCGUUCCCGGCCGUCUCACUGCAGUGUCUGCACACGCUGGGCGGUCAGCAGGCGCACCUGCGCCGCCUCAAGGAGGACGAGCUGUCCGCAGAGCUGCGCAGGCAGAACGACGCCGAGAACGCGGGUCCGGCGGCCGGCAGGGGCAGGAUGGCGAGACGCUCGGCGGCCCGGCCCGUCUCCGCCUGUAUGCCGGCCACCAGUCACUCGGAGGACCCCGCUGAGCCGCCGGCCGCCGAGCCGCCCUCCGCGCCUCCCUCGGGCGCCGGCCGCGGCUACCAGCGCUCCGUGUCUGUGGGCACCUCGCCGGCGGCCGGCGCCGACGGCCGCGUGCUGAUGGUGCGCCGCCGGCGGGCGCCCAGCUCCGGCGAGCGGCCCGGCGACGCGGCGGCCGGCGCCGGCGGUCCGGCCGGCUUCCUGGUGCGUCCAUCGAGCCGUCUGCGCCAGGUGCGGGCCGAUCUGGGACUGGCGGCCGGCCAGGCGGAGCUGCAGGCGCUCAUGGCGCGGCCCGUGGUGGCGUUUGUACUGCAGCAGCACGAGCUGGGUUACCUGCAGCGCGCGCUGCGACGGGCCAUCCGGCGCGCCGCCUGCCGCGUCUACGCCCUGCAGGCGCUGAAUUGGCUGCUGCGCAGUGUCACCCAGCCGACCUGCCUCCAUGACCUGAUGUGGCACCUGAUCCAGGCGCUGAGUCCCGAGCCGGCGCCCGGCGCACAUCAGGAGGAGGGCACAGUGCUGGACCACCCGCAGUCGGACGUGCCGCUGGCCGGCAGCGGCUCCACGCUGCCGGCCGCCUUCCACACGCUGCUGCAGACCGUCUCCGACCUGAUGCCGCUGCUGCCCGGCGGGUCCAGCCUGCAGCUCACUGCAGUCAGGUGCUGGGGCCUGCGGUUCCUGCCGGCCGACCACGGCUUCCUCCACCGCAGUCACGUGUUCUCCAACAUCAGCCGCAUCCUGGCCGGGUCAGACGACGGCGCCGGGGAGGAGGGAGGCAUGGCCGGCUCGCAGCACGGACCGGCCGCCGAACAGUCGGGCGUUCUGCUGACCAGUCUGGAGGACGUCACCUCGUCCGCGGCCAUCGAGACGUCGUCCCGCGCCGCGCUGCUCGACUCUCUGACCGACGCCAGCACGGAGACGUUCUGGGAGAGCGGUGACGAGGACCGCAACCGCACCAAGGUGGUGUCCGCCGCGCUGGCCGCCGGCGCCGGCCCGCUCCGGCUCGCCGCCGUCCACGUGGACAAUGUGCGCGACCCGCAGAACAAGGUGUCGGCGGUGACGGCGCGCGCCGGCCGCGCCGCCGACCAGCUGUCGCGGCUGCGCGCGCUCUCCGUGGACGCGCGCCACGCCGGCUGGCUGACGGUGGCCGUGCCGCCGCGCCUGGAGGCCUGCCGACUGCGGCUGGAGCUCCGCGGGCCCGACAACAGCCUGCGGCUCCGUCAGGUGGCCCUGCUGGCCGAGGGAGCCGGGCCGCGGCCCGCGCCGGCCGCCGCCGCCGUCCGGCAGGCCGCCUGCGAGGCCGAGACGCUGCGGGUCUUCCGACUCAUCGCCGCUCAGGUAUUCGGUAAGCUGCUGGCGACGGAGGACGGCGAGACGCCGAGCAGCGGCGGCCCUGCGCCGGCCGCCGCGCCCGCCGCUGACGCCUCCGGCGAGGAGGACACGGACCUGCGACAGCACAUGGUCUCCAUUCUGUUCUCGCGCUGCAAGCUCACACACCUGCAGACCCAGAUCUGCGACCAUGUGAUGGCGGCGCUGGCGCGCGAGGCGGCGCGGCUCUGUGACGACCAGUCUGAGCCGGCGGCGGCGGCGGCUGCGGGCGGCGACACGCACUGUUUCCAGAUGCUCUCAAUGCUGCUGUCUCUGAGCGGCAGCGCGGUGGGCCGCCGCCACCUGUCCGGCCAGCGGCGGCUGCUGGCCGACCUGCUCGCUCUGCUGCACGCCGGCUCGGCCCGCUGUCAGCGCCAGGUGGUCAGUCUGCUGCGGCGCGUGCUGCCCGAGCUGGCGCCGGCCGCGCUGGCCGAGCUGCAGGGCGCGCGCUGCCUGCUGCCGGACACUGAGCCGACCGCCGGCCCCGGCGCCGAGCGGGAGGCAGCGGACGGCGGCGACGGCGGAGAGCAGGACGACGGCAGGUUCGGCGUGCUGGACGUGCUGCUGGCGUGCGUGGCCAAGUGUCUGUCGGUGCAGGUCAAGUACAAGGAGGGCGCGCGGCGCGUGCAGCGCUCGGUCCGUCUGGCCGACACCGCCCUGGACGACGCCGGCCAGCCGGCCGUCUGGCGAGGCCUCAUGACCGCCAGCGUCGGCGAGCGCGUCCUCAAACUGCUGCAUGACAUGAGCGAGGGUAAGCUGUCGGAGGACUGGGCGACGGUCACCCGCCGCUCGGUGUCCUCUGCUCUGCUGGCGCUCAGUCGGGUGCCCUCUGAGCGACGCGCGCCGGCCGCCUGCCUGCGCUCGGCGGCGCUGUGGCGCGCCCUGGUGGCGCUCUGUGUGCUGCGGCCAGAGCACGCCGACCGACUCACCUCCGGCCGGUGGCGGCCGGCCGCCGGACACAGCGGUCAGGCAAGGCCAACCUGUGAUAACCACGACGACGGCGAGACGACAGCUCUGGUAGCGUGCUCCGAGUGUGGCCACCUGUGUGCCGACUGCGACCGGGUGCUGCACCUGUCCAGGAAGGCGCGGCCCCACCACAGACAGGUGCUGAAGGAGGAGGAGGAGGCGAUCCGGGUGGACCUGCACGAGGGCUGCGGACGGCUCAAGCUCUUCUGGCUGAUGGCGCUCUCCGACGCGCCCAGCCUCAAGUCGAUGGUGGAGUUUCGGUGGCGCGCGGAGGCGGCGCUCUCGGCGCCGGCCGCCGCCGCGCUGGGCCAGUGCCGGUUCUGCGGCGCGCCGGCCGGCGGCGGCACGGCGCUCGAGCCGCCCGUCUGUGAGGAGGCCGAGUGCGCGGCGCACCAGCGGGCCGCCUGCCAGCGGCUGCUCAGCUGCGGCCACCCGUGCGGCGGCGUGCGCGACGAGCCGCGCUGCCUGCCCUGCCUGCACGGCUGCGGCGGCGGCCGGCUGCGCCAGGACGCCGACGACAUGUGCAUGGUGUGCUUCACGGAGCGCCUGUCGGCGGCGCCGGCGCUGCUGCUCGCCUGCGGCCACCUGUUCCACCUGCACUGCUGCCGGCGCGUGCUCACCGCCCGCUGGGUCGGACCGCGCAUCACCUUCGGAUUCUCACUCUGCCCCAUCUGUAAGGCGCCGAUCGAGCACGAGAUGCUGUCGGACUUGCUGGCGCCGAUCCGCGCGCUGUACGCCGACGUCCGUAAGAAGGCGCUGAUUCGCUGCGAAUACGACGGACUGCGACUGAGCGAGGCGGCUGGCGCCGCGGGCGGAGGGGACGAUCAGCUGGCAGCCAUGGCCAUGGACCGAUACGCCUACUACGUCUGCUGCAAGUGCGGAAAGGCGUACUACGGCGGCGAGGCGCGCUGUGACGCGGCGGCCGGCGCUGCCGACGAGUACGACCCUUCCGAGCUGGUCUGCGGCGCGUGCAGUGACGUGACGCGCGCCCAGCUCUGCCCCAAGCACGGCACCGACUUCCUCGAGUACAAGUGCCGCUACUGCUGCUCGGUGGCCGUCUUCUUCUGCUUCGGCAAGACGCAUUUUUGUAACGCGUGCCACGACGACUUCCAGCGGCUGACCAGCAUCCCGGUGCUGCAGCUGCCCGCCUGUCCGGCAGGUCCGCGCGCCGUCCAGCUGGAGGGCUCAGAGUGUCCACUGCACGUGGAGCACCCGCCCACCGGCGAGGAGUUUGCGCUCGGCUGCGGCGUCUGCCGGAACGCGCACACAUUCUGAGCGGCGCCGCUCCCCUAUCAAGUGAGGUCCGCCGACCGGCCGCGGCCGCCGCCCGCUGGCCGCUGCCCGGUGCCAAAUGUACCCAUGUUUCUGGUGUUUAAGAGCCCUGAACUUCCUUGCGAGGCGCCCCUAUUUUUGGCGCUGCUACCUUUAAUACGCGGGAGAAUCUCAUGUGUCAGUGUGGAUACUUCGAACCACUUUGUACGGAUGUUGUUUGUUUGGUUCGAUUUCGUUGUGAUCCGCUGAGACGUUGGCUGUGCUGCUUUGUUUACCCAAUGACUGUACUCCCUGCUCCGGCUGACCGCUGCUACGCCCGGCGGACCGGGCUGGUAUUGUGUUUACCGAUCGACCCCGCGUACCCGUUAUGUUACUCGUAUGUACCCGAUCCGGUACGGGACGUAUUAUCUGUAUUCGCUUAAUGACCCGAGCUAUGUUGGAAAUACCAGCGACUGCUACC